CGUCAGUAUAUUGUAGACCUCUUAAUACAUUUGACGGAUCCGUGUCGAGUGGAGUAUCUUCGCGCUCUUUCACAGCGUGGCGGAGUGUGUUGUUACAGCUCAACUUCCAGAAGCAGCUUCAGAGUAAAGCUUGUUCUGUACAGUUCUCGACGGGUUUUUGAGUUGCCGUGAAACGUCGUGAUUCGAGUUGGUCUAGUGUUUAGUGUCUCGCGCGCGUGUCGUUGUGUCGUACCCCCAAAGUGGUCUAUUAUCAUCCAUCAAUCGGUUAUUUAUUGUUAUUAUUGCCACUAGAUUGCAAUUGCCAAGUCAAAGUGCGAUCCGGUCGUCACACGCGCGGGGGACUAUCUCGAGUGGAAGACUUAAGUUCAAGUGCUGAAUUAUCGUAACUCUCCGGAAUAAGUGUUCAGUGUCUGAUGUAUUUGUCCAUUGAUCAUCACGAAAGCAUCCUUGAUUGAUACUUUUGCAAAGAGUAAGAGCCCUUGUGGUCAGUGCUUGCUUAUUUAAUGCUUCCUGAUAUACACUCUCGAGCAGCGUCUGAGCGUUUGCCCUAGUUUCAAGGAUUACUAAGUCAAGGUCGAUUCCUUAUUGAAGUGUUCAUCGCGAACCUACCGAAGGUCAAGCCGAAUGAAUGACUUCCGAAAACAAUUAAACUAUUGAGACAUGAUAAACCAGUGAUUUUUUCGUGACACUCAAAACCAAGUGAAAAUAUUAUCGGUGCAGGUGAAGCCGUAUUUGUUGGUGAUAUCGACAGUACUCCAGCCGCCACCAUUUACGCCCGGUACAUGUCCACCACACUUUCCAGUGUAUCUGGAGUGUAUCCAGAAGAUUCAGAACAAGAGCAUGGACUGUUACCCGAUUUAAAUGGUGUUGACCUGGUUAUGAGCUUGUCGCCGAAAGGAAACCAUCAUCAUCACCAUUUAACCAGUUUACAGCACCUCCAAAACCUUCAACAUAACUCACUACAUAGCCACUCGACGCCAUUUAGUGUUACCGAUAUUCUAAGUCCAAUCGAAGAGUAUCGCAAACUGGAACUUAGUGCUAAUCCACCAUCUCCAUAUAGAUCCAAUUCCAGCGGCGGAAGCAGUGUCAACUCGCCUAGUGCGCUUGGUUCUAACUCGGCAUCAGCUGCAGCGGCCGCGGCAAGCAGUAUGGCUAACCCGUACGCAAUGGGUCCUCUGUACCACAGUCCAGGUGUCCAGAGCUACUGUGGUCCGACCGACAAUCUCUCCCUAGCUGGUCAUUACACCGACAUGCGAAAUUCGGCCGCCGGUUGGUACGGUUCCACUGCCAGCGACCCUCGAUUCGCAAUUUCCCGGCUAAUGGGAGGUUCGGCGGGUGGCUCGAUGGGACAUGCGAUGUCCAACAUGGGUAGUCUAGCGGCGUGUAGCGUAACGGACACAAAACCAAUGCAGUUUCCUCUGGCACAGCGGCGGAAACGACGGGUGCUUUUCACACAGGCACAGGUUUACGAGUUGGAGCGAAGAUUCAAGCAACAAAAGUACCUGUCGGCACCCGAACGGGAACAUUUAGCCAGUUUAAUACAUCUCACACCCACCCAGGUUAAAAUAUGGUUCCAGAACCACCGAUAUAAAUGUAAGCGGCAAGCGAAGGAAAAGGCAAUGGCAGAGCAGAACCAGCAUAAUCAGUCAGCCAGCUCACCACGACGUGUGGCCGUACCAGUACUAGUUAAAGAUGGCAAGCCGUGUUCCGGCGGCUCUAAUUCCAGCUCUUCUGCUCAACAGCAACAGCAGCAGCACCAGGCACAACAGCAGCAGCAGCAAGUAAGUGGCAGCAAUAGUGCGCUAACCACCGGCGGCAGCGGUGGCGGUGGCGGCGGCGGUGGUGGAGGCUCUAGUGUAAUCUUAACCAGUGAUUCUAACAAUACCCACUCGCCGGACACGCCCUCCGCAACGCUGUUAUCGCCGUAUAACGGUAGCCACAAUGUGACGGGCCAAAUGCUGCAGCAACCGUGCAAUAAUAGUCUGAUGUCGAACAGUUUGGCCAUGGCAUACCGGAAUCAGAACAACUUUAUGGCCAACAGUCAUCAACAGCAGUGCGGAAGUUAUCUACCGCUGCAAACCCGAGCCUGGUAAUAUUAGUUGAUUUGUUAGGUUUUACUCUAAUUUAAUAUAGGGUGUUCACUUUUCGUUCUGAAAUGCGGAUCUGUAAAACAAAAACUGUUGGCUCUCAAGAUAGUUCUUUUUACUUAAUUUUAUAAAUUAAUAUAUUUUAGGUAAGCUGUAGGAAUCUCUUUCUCAUUUACUGAAAAUGGGACACUUACUAAAGCUGUAAAUACAGACUAGCCAAUAAGAUUUUGCGAAAAGAUUACUUGCAAUGCAAUUCGACGGUAAUUCCUAGUUCAGCUUAUGCGCGGACAGGGCAUACACAUAAAAUAACUGGAUUUGAGAAACAAAUACAAUUGUUACUUUAGUCGUUGAAAAGAAUAAACUAAUUUGGUAACAACAACCGGCCACAACAGAAAAAAAACAAAACACACGUACAUCGACAGAACUGCAAUACAUGAUGAUCAAUCAUCACCUUCUUCCGGUUGUAGAAGAUGUUAAGUAAUGAGGCAGCAUAAAAUAUAGCAAAAGAGGUGCCAGCAGUUGGGAAGGGAAAAAAACAUUAGUAAACUGAGAUGUGAUAACUCUUGGUUAGUGACUAUGACCAUAAGUUUUGUUCAAACAUGUUCAGUUGCAAAGAGCUAUCACAGCUGCUAAUACAAGUGUUGUGUUGUCAAACUGUACAGAAAGCAUGAUUACUAAACUCUAGUCAGACAAUAUGCGACACUCAACUUUUUCACAUAAUAUAAUUAGAGCAUCUCGAAAGUUGGAAUUUCUGCUCAUCCUCUUUUUUAAUUGAUUUUAAAUUAUUCUGAAUAGCGAAAUAUCUGAUUCGGGGUAUUUUAAUUCUUCAAGUUACUUCAGUUUCAUAGAAACGCACCUACCAUCAAUCCAGAAGAUUUUGAAACAUUCAAAUCACAAAAAUUUGAACUUCAAUUUCUGUGGGCAAGAAGUCGAAUGAUGACUUUUUAUUUCACACAAAAGUAGAUCUCAAGAUUGUUAAUAGUGAUUGAGUCCAUGAACUAUGCACAGCACAGCACAUAUGAUGCUAUUUGUAAAAAAACGCAAUCGGGAAAAUUGAUUUCACAGGAACUAUUUAAAUCUGUAGCAAACAACGUAAAAUUACAUGUUUCAACACUCACAAAAACAUAUCCUAGUACACAAUAUGUAAUAUCAGCUACAAAUAUUUAUCCGUUUAGUCGUUCGAUUAAAAACACGGGUUUUUUCCAGGACUGCGAACCAUUGCGCAAAUUAAUGAUUUAAACUUUCAAGUAAAAAAUUGAUAUCUCGAUAGUUAUUCUCUAUCAAUUAGUGUAAUUUGACUGAAAUUAUGACCCAGUUCUGCGUUUCACAUAUGGAAAUCUAUUCGGAUUAAUUUUGUACCGAAUUAAUUGUACCGGAUUAAUUUUGAAUUCUUAAAAUCUGAAAAUUUCACUUUUUCGACAGAUUUGGUUCUAGUGUUUGAAAAUAAUUAUAAAUAAAUUUCAAAAGAAUCGUGUUAUCGCUUUUUCUACUAGGUUUGCUUUACUACUUAAAAAAAUACUACUGAACUAUCUACUAUAUAUCUACUAUCUACUAUAUACUAUAUUACCCAAAAAUCAAAUUAUCCAUGAAACUGUUCGCAUUCUAAGUGUGUGGUCCAGAUACUGGUUUUAAACUCCAUAAACUUUGCUAAUUUAUAGGCCAGAGCCAUUUCGUGGAAAGUCGUUUCUCCAAUAGCCCUUCCGCUGAAAAUAGAAUCGUCGAAAGAAUUAACACAUGGAUCAAAAAGAGACUAACAAUGGAAACAACAUUUUUUUUUGCAAAAUUUUAGGGUGAUACAAUGGUUCCAACGUUCUUUUUUUUCGAUAAACUGCUUUCUGAAUCAUCGAAUCGUUGCUGUUUUUGUUCCAUCGAAAGCAAUCGCGGCACCCACUUGGAAAAAACCUUUUUCAAACAAAACUACAAAACGACUUUACUCCAACCUCGAUAACUCAGCUGUUUCUGAUCCACUUAAAAUUUUGACCCGUUUCAAGCAAAGGUUAGUACUCUAGAAAGACGUGGUUACUGGUUUAUUACGAGCGCCAUCUUUGCUUUAGUCUCGGGACUUAUUGAUCCAUGUGUUAUAUUAUUAUACUUAUUAUAGAUUCAAAUAAUGAAAUAUGAGGAAUAUUGGUGUUCUAACUUGUUUUACUUCACUACUUCGCUCAUCCAGACCUGACUAAUGUAUAGAAACCAUCCUAGGUAGACCGAGUUAACGAGAUUUGAAGAAAAUCGAUUGAACUGAAUGCUGCGAAUGUUGUGUGCGUCAGAGUGUGAAAUUUACUGCAGUAUAGAGAUCGUCAGUGUGCUUCACAUUCGGUUUCAAUUGAAUUGAGUGGAAUUUUACUGCACUGGUUCUAAGAAAUGGUUUUCGGCGAAAUGGCUUGCUUCCCUGAUUUACUUGGAACGAAUGGUUUUGCAAAGAUUUGAGAACUCGCAUGAUCUACGAAGAAUGUCACCAAGUUAUUCAUUUAGUUUAUGAAUCCAUGAAAUUUAGCCAGUUGUAAAUGGAAGAAUUCCUUAGGAAAUUCCGCUUACUAGGAACAUAGUCAAUUAUAUAUUCCAUGUAAUUCCGAAUAGGCAACGAAAAAAAUUAGGAGUUAUGGAAACGGGUUGAUAAUAGGGAAUAUUUUAAUUGGAUGUCGACUUCAAAAGCUAUAUCAAUGACUUUUAAAGACGCACUUCUUGCAAAAAGUAUUCGAAGUAGCUUGAACCUUCUCAGGUCUAAGUGAAAUCUUCAGAACUUGUAGACUUUUUCACAAAACGCCACUGCAUAUUUGUUUUUUUUUUCAAAAUUUAAAGGUCAAACUUUUUUGUCAAUUUCACUCAAAUGAAUGCGAAUUGAAAAUUCUAACAGCCCUCGUACUCGCAAGACUGCCUUGGAGCAGCUUUUCGUAAAAGUAAUUUUCAACAAAAACGGAAAAAUUAGAACUAUCUCAUCUCAUUUGCAUGUCAUCGGACCACUUAAUACUACAUCACCGAACGUAAUCUACCUUUUUGUUUCGAAACUACUGACAGUGAAUUUGUUUUGCGAGUUAGAGGGUUAGGAGGCUUUUUACAAUCUUAGGAAAAUAGCCAUUGUUGGAAAACGUAAAAGACGAUUUCUUUGCUGUCGUUGCUCGGAAAAUUAAAAUUCAUCAGUUCGUUUCGUUCAUUUCCCUGUAUAAAAUGAUGCUUAACUUCACGAAGAUUAAUCUACCGAUAACGAAGUAAACUGAUUUUGUGUGUUCUAACAUUUGCUGUUUUUUUGUGCCUGUAAGUAGAAUUUUAUUUUUUGGGGAGAUAAAUUCAAUGCUUGGAAAAUAAAGCGCACUGCACUAACGAGAAUUGGAGUAUGUCAUACGCUGUUUGAUUCUCUGCUUGUGUGAUAAAAAAAAACUGUGUGAUGACGAAAUAAUCAACAACUUUGGGCUGCUCAAAAUUAUUCUUUCCAUUAACAGAAUUAGUAUAUUAAUCUCACUUUUAAAUCAGAAAAACAUUUGUUCUGAACAAUUUGUGAAUGAGUUGAGGUGUCAAAUGUUUGAAAACGUCGUACUUAAAAAUGAAAUACCUACAUUUUCUGUACAGUAAGAAUAACUCAGUACGUUACCCGUUUGAUGAAAAGUAAUGCUUAGUUGAGUUUUUCAGUGCACAUCACCAGCACAAAAAACUCCCCUAGCGACUGCUGCACCGCAACGCAAAAAAAACGACAAAUAAAAUUUCAUUCACAAUCUGUAAUAUGGAAAGCGAUUCUUUUCCAACCUGCCACAAAUAAAACAUUGGAAGUAACAAAUCGAAAAAAUCCGCCAAAAUCCGAGGAAUAUUCAUAAAAAGAGUCGAUUCACAAUAUAUGUGACGGUGAACAAGUGAUCCCUGAAACAAAAACAAACAAAAAAAAAACAAAAAUGUCUAUCCCACGCAAACUGAACGGUCCGAAUACACACAGUAGACUCUGUUUCCACAUAAGCAGAACACAAUUAUAAUGAAUUUUCAAUCAAUCUAGGAUGAAAGCUUUUUUAUCAGGUACAGUAAAAUUUUAAUGAAAAGCACAAACAUGGUAAAUUAAUUAGAGGGACAGAUUACAUCAAUAAGAAGAAAGUUAUUUAAUUUAAUUCGUAAUAAUACAAGAUUAAAUUGUAGACAAAACAUGCAUCAAAGGAAUUUGAGAAUAUGCUCGAAACAAGGCAAGAGUUACGAAUAAGUUUGUAUUAAAUUUGAAAAAAUAUAGAAUGUGGUAACUAAAGGCGCAAACGAUGGAAAUAAAUAAUAAAAUAACAAACAA